ACCUUGAUGACAAGCUAUCUUCUGUACCCGGGGCUGCGUUCAACUUAUACGAAAAUCAGCAUAAAGAUCAAUGUCUUCCACGCACACGACCCGAUACCAUCGAUCAAAUCACUGAAUGGGCCUCGUCCCUAAAUGCUAGAUGCAUCUUCUGGUUGGACGGAAUAGCGGGAACAGGAAAAUUCAACCACUUUAAGUUACUUAGAGCAAGCUUUUCUUUGAAAGAGGCGAAGCGGAUCGCGAGCCUUAAGCGAACCCCUAUCGCUAUCAUGGCUAUAGUGAUAGUGAUUGAUGCAUUAGACGAAUGCGAAGGAGAUAGUGACAUUU